AGAGAGAGAGAGAGUGACAAAUUAGAUGAUUUCAUCAAAAUUCAACCUCCUCUACCUAUUUCCAUUACCAUUGACGUGCGAUCACGUACGUUUUUAUUUAUUUAUUUAUUAAUUACUUUGUUUCCACUUUCAUUUCUUCUUCUUCCUAAUAUUCCCAAAAUAAUAUCUUUUUUUCUUUUUCUUUUUUGAGUAUUUAUUUUUUUCUCCCAAAAGUCUCUCUCAACCUUGUUAUCUACCUAGUGGUUGUAUACCCAAAUCGAAAACCUCGAUAAUUCUUCUAGCUAUGGCUGAGAAGGUUACUGUUAUGGUGCUGAAGGUUGAUCUUCAGUGUCCUUGCUGCUACAAGAAGGUCAAGAAAAUCCUCUGCAAAUUUCCUCAAAUUCGAGACCAGGUGUACGAUGAAAAAGCAAACACGGUCACGAUCACGGUGGUGUGCUGCAGCCCUGAGAAAAUUCGAGACAAGUUGUGCCGCAAAGGCUCCAAAGUUAUCAAAAGCAUUGAAAUCAAAGACCCACCCAAGCCCAAACAACCCGAAAAGCCCAAAGAGCCCGAAAAACCCAAACAACCCGAAAAACCCAAAGAGCCCGAAAAGCCCAAAGAGCCCGAAAAGCCCAAAGAGCCCGAAAAGCCCAAAGUUGUGAUCGAAAAGCCUAAGGAACCCGAAAAGACUAACGUGGUUGUACUUGAGAAACCAAAGGAGCCGGAAAAGCCCAAGGAAGCUCCGAAACCCGAUCCGCCAAAAAACCCUGCACCUGCACCAGCCCCGGCCCCGGCCCCGAAUCCACCUCCACCGGUGAUGGUGCAACCGUAUCCGGUGAGGACAUGUUGCGGGGAGUGCUACCAAGGUUACGGUGGGGGCCCAUGUUACCACGGGUAUGGGGUCCCACCGCCGCCGCAGCCGUGUUACGACGGGUACUACGGGUAUGGCGGCUACGGCCAGAACAGGAGUUGCCACGUCAUCAGAUCGUGUGAUUACUACUUUAGUGAAGAGAACCCUCAAUCUUGCACCGUCAUGUGAUGAUUAUACAAUUGAUUAUGGUGAUUAACCAUGAUUACAUAAUCAUGCUACAUGGUUUUGGUAUUGGUGAGAAGUUCUUUUUGAUGUAUACGAUGUAAAAAAGGGAGGGAAAAUAUAGUAGGAUUAAAGUGUAUUAAAAAAAAUUAAAAUGAAGUUACUAUUGUUAACUUGUGGGAUAUAUAUUUUAUGGUGUGACACCAUUUGUGAUUAAUAAAAGUGGGCAUCAAAAGAUUUGAUGGAUUUUUCAUUCUU